AUGAGCAGACGCCCAUCGCGAUGUGAGCAUUGGCCCGAUGCGCAACUUUCAAUACAUUUUCCGAUCAGAUCCGUGGAAUUUAAGUUUUGGAGAAUAAGAAGGUUUAUGCUUCAAACGAUGCUUGAAGUGUUGAUUAAUCGACGCUUUCUAUUACUUGGUACUGUCGUCUCCUUAGUUACGUUUAUAUUUUUUGUUUGUAUAUAUCGAUUGGAAAAUAUCUACGGUGGUGAUUUUACGCUGAAAAAGUUCGUUACAUGGAAUAUUCAACGAAGUACGAUAAAGAGUAUGUCUCGAGAUAUCCAGCCGUUAAUUGAUUCAAAAAGAGAAAAAAUUAAAGUAUCUGAUGGACCUACUUCAAAAUUACCGGAUCACAUGUGCUACAAACAUGAACCAUUUAUCGUUCUAGAAAGGUGCAUAGCGUGCUCUCAGUUUGAGCAAAAUGCUGUAAGAGCAGCUUAUUGUCUUGAAACCGGUUUCUAUGAUAAAGUGAACUGUUGGCGAAGUAAACAUCUUGGGUUGAAGCCGUGCUAUGGAAAGGCAAAUCGGUCUGAACAGUUUAAUUUAUUCACACUGUUAUGCGCUUUUUGUUCUCUUGUUAGCUAUAGCUUUGUGAACUGGAGGCAAAAUAUGCUUCGCAAACAAGGCUUUAUGAGAAUACAGAAUCAGUUUAAUUAA